GCUUCAUAAAAAUGAAAAUUAUCCCAUGAUUUACUCACCCUCAUGCCAUCCUAGGUGUAUAUGACUAUCUUCUUUCAGACAAACACAGUCAGAGUUAUAUUAUAAAAUAUCCUGGCUUUUCCAAGCUUUAUCAUGUUAGUGAAUGGGGGGAGAGAUUUUGAAGCCCAAAAAAGUGCAUUCAUCCAUCUUAAAAGUAAUCCACAUGACUCCAGGGGGUUAAAAAAGGCCUUCUGAAGUGAAGCGAUGGGUUUUUGUAAGAAAAAUAUCCAUAUUUAAAACUUAGCCAUACAGUUUAUCGAAUACCCCCUCGGGUUUAUCUUCCAAUUCAUAUUCAAUGUACAUAACAAUCAGCAUAGCAACAAGACAAAUAUUGCAACAACAUUAGAGUAACAUUGUACAUAUGUGUGCUUUGUUGCAGGGUUGUUAAUCAUAAUUUGGUCUGGAUGCUCCAGCUGCACUAGUGUGUCGAUAUUAAUCCUGAGGCUACACAAGUACACUAUUGAUCUCACUGACAGACAUAGACUGAGUUACAAAAACCAGACAAUCACUGCCGCUCAACCAGCAGUAUGUGAGCUGUUUAUAUUCCUCCAAACUCUCCAGAACAAUCUCCAGCUCUUUGAAGCAUUUCAGAAUGAGUUCUUUAUUUCGCAGUGAGGAGAUGUGCCUCGUGCAGCUGUUUUUUCAAACUGAAUCUGCCCAUAAUUGCAUCAAUGAACUUGGACAUCUUGGAUUGGUUCAGUUUAAAGAUCUGAAUCCUGGUGUAACAACAUUUCAAAGGCGCUUUGUGAAGGAAGUGAAGAAAUGUGAAGAAAUGGAGAGAAUUCUGAGAUAUCUUGAGAAGGAGAUGGUGAAAUCUAACAUAGUGAUUGCUGCAACAAAGGAGAAGGAGAUGGUUCCCUGUGCCAGAGAUGUUCUGGAGCUGGAGUCCACAUUUGAGAAGUUGGAGCAGGAACUGCGAGAAAUCAACUGUAACCAUGACACACUCAGACAGAACCUCAUUGAGCUGAUGGACAUUGACUCUCUGCUGAGGAUGACUGAAGACUUCUUUGAGGAGGCCGAGUCAAUGCUAUCCUGCUCUGAGCCUCCCUCUGAAGACUCAGUGUCUAUGACCGUCUCUUCCCACAUGACCAUCCGCAGAUACAGCAGUUCCAGCACCUCUGGACCUCUACAUCUAGGUUUUAUUGCAGGUGUUAUCAAACACGAGAGGUUUGCUGCUUUUGAAAGGGUUCUUUGGCGCCUUUUUCAUGGAAAUUUCGUCCUUCGGCAUGCAGAGAUACAGGCCACGGAGGAAUUUCAAGCGGUGCAGAGAGGAGCUGUGAAGAAGGACGUGUUCAUCAUAUUUGUCCAGGGAGAUAAUGUGCGAAAAAAGAUCAGAAAAGUGUGUGAAGGGUUUCAUGCCAGCUUGUACUCAUGCCCCAAAACUUUGUAUGAACGCAAGGAGAUGAGCAACAAUGUAAUAUCACGAAUGGAAGAUCUUCGAAUUAUCCUGAGAAGAACUGAAGAAUAUCGUGCUGGUGUCUUGACCAAAGCAGCCGACCACGUCCAGGAGUGGGGCAGUAAAGUGAAGAAGAUGAAGGCCAUCUACUACACACUGAACCUCUGCAACAUAGACAUCACGCAGAAACUGAUCGUAGCAGAGAUCUGGUGUCCUGUGUCCGAUCUCACUUUAGUUCAAAACGCCCUGGUUAAAGGAUCAGAGCAGAGUGGUUCCAGUGUGACCCCAGUCCUGAACCGCAUCCAAACCCAGCAAACUCCACCAACCUUCAACAGAACAAACACAUUUACUGAAGGAUUCCAGGCUAUUAUUGAUGCCUAUGGAGUCGGUACCUAUCAGGAGAUCAAUCCAGCUCCAUACACAAUUGUAACCUUCCCCUUCCUGUUUGCGGUGAUGUUUGGAGAUUGUGGUCAUGGACUGUUGAUGACACUGUUGGCAGUCUGGGUCAUUACACAGGCCGAAUGUUUACGAAAGAUGAAAAAUGAGAUUAUAGAUGUCCUGGUAGGGGGGCGCUACAUCGUCUUGCUCAUGGGAUUGUUCUCCAUAUAUACUGGACUGAUUUACAAUGACUGCUUCUCCAAGUCCUUCAACAUUUUUGGCUCUUCCUGGUGUGUGCGGCCCAUGUUCUAUCCUCACGGACCUUGGGAAAACGAAACACUUUAUGAUAAUCACCAUCUUCAGCUGAGCCCAACUGUGCCCGGAGUUUAUUCUGGUCGCCCGUAUGUGUUUGGAGUCGACCCGGUUUGGAAUAUUGCAUCAAAUAAGCUGUCCUUUUUAAACUCUUUCAAGAUGAAGAUGUCAGUCAUAUUGGGAGUCAGUCAUAUGCUCCUUGGAGUGACCCUGAGUUUGGUCAACUUUGUAUAUUUGGGAAAAUUCCAGGACAUUUUAUUUCAGUUUGUUCCACAGCUGAUCUUCAUGCUCUCUCUCUUUGGAUACCUGAUCUUCCUCAUCCUCUACAAAUGGUGCGUCACUCUGCGAUCUGAAACGGCUCCCAGCAUUCUGCUGCUCUUCAUCAACAUGAUGCUGUUUGAUUACCAGCCUGAACAUAAGCUUCUUUACAGAGGACAGAAAGCUGUUCAGAUCUUGUUGGUUGUGACGGCUGUGCUCAUGGUUCCUGUGCUGCUCCUGGUCAAACCCCUCCUCAUCUACAGGACCCGAAUGAAAACCAGACACCAGGUCUCUAUGCAGGUGUUUGGAAACAGUGAUCAGCAUGGGACAGAUAUGGGUUUCUCCUCACACCAUCAGAAAGAUCAGAUGGUAAGCAUGGGUGACGUCUUUGUGUAUCAGGCCAUCCACACAAUCGAGUACUGCCUGGGCUGCAUCUCCAACACGGCCUCGUACCUGCGGCUCUGGGCGCUCAGUCUGGCUCAUGCAGAGCUCUCGGAGGUGCUUUGGCGGAUGGUUCUCCAGGUGGGGCUGAAGCUUUCCUCUGGUAUGGGUUCGCUCAUGCUGGUGCUGCUGUUUGCUGCUUUUGCUGUUCUCACCGUGACUGUUCUUCUGGUUAUGGAGGGCCUGUCUGCUUUUCUGCAUGCUUUACGACUGCAUUGGGUUGAAUUUCAGAACAAGUUUUACGAGGGAUCCGGCUACAAGUUCACACCCUUGUCCUUCGACAGCCUGUUAAAAACUCAGCAGUAAUAGUCACUAUUCUUGUAGUUUUUAGCAUAUUUAUAGUUUAGUGAAUGUAAGAAACCAGGGGACUUCAACAGGGGUCUCCGAAAUAUUACGUUUUGUGAACAAAAUGAAAAUAUGCAAUAAACAAAAAUAUAGUAUUUAGUAUUUAGUUCCUUGCCGCUGUCACCUUUGGCUUGCUUAGUUGGGGACACUUGACAUUUGACUUGACAUUUGAUAUUCAACAG